AAAUUUUACAUUACAAAACACAGAAACAGCAUAUUCCAAAAAAACUCCUCCAAAGGAGACCAACGAGAGCCCACGGGACGGGAGUUUUGUUGGAGAGUUCAGUCACUGCUCCAACGUACUCUUUCUCCGUGUCUCUCACUUUCUUUUUAUCCAGAUCCGGUUGAUCCAUCAAGAUUCAGGACAAUUAUUAGCUUUGGGAGUAAAGGGUUUGUUGUUUUGGCAUUCAUGUUUUAUUAGGGUUCUUCACGGCAACACGUGUUCUCAAAAGGGUGUUUGCCUAGGAUUUUGCCUGCAAGUAUUAUUUGUCUGAGCAAAUUGAGAUUCUUCUGUUAUUCUUUGGCUGGUCUGGGAACUAGAAUUUGGCAUGGCUGUUGCCAAGAGCAACAGCAGCAGUGAACCAUCUUGGCAACCUUGUAAUUGUUAUAAAGCGGCAACCUUAACUGAAACCAUUUUGCAAGCUAACGAGAUCUCUGAUUUAAAAGACCGAUUCAUUCUGGGGCAGCAGUUGGGUUGGGGGCAGUUUGGUGUUAUUAGGGUUUGCUCUGAUAAAGUGACUGGAGAGGUGUUUGCCUGCAAAUCAAUUAACAAAGAUAGAUUAGUGACCUCUGAUGAUGCACGGAGUGUAAAGCUUGAGAUUGAAAUAAUGACUAGGUUAUCAGGUCACCCAAAUGUCGUAGACCUCAAGGCAGUUUAUGAGGAUGAAAACUCUGUGCAUCUGGUGAUGGAGCUUUGUGCUGGAGGGGAACUUUUCUACCAGUUAGAGAAGUAUGGGCGAUUCUCUGAAGCAGAGGCUAGGAUUCUCUUUAGGCAUUUGAUGCAAGUUGUUCUAUAUUGUCAUGAAAUUGGGGUUGUUCAUAGAGAUUUGAAGCCAGAGAACAUUCUCUUGGCUACCAAAGCCUCAUCCUCACCAAUUAAACUGGCUGACUUUGGUCUUGCUACCUACAUCAAGCCUGGGCAGAGUCUGCAUGGAACUGUUGGAAGUCCAUUUUAUAUAGCUCCUGAGGUAUUGACCGGGGGCUACAAUCAAGCUGCUGAUGUUUGGAGUGCUGGCGUUAUUUUAUACAUUCUUCUCAGUGGUAUGCCCCCAUUCUGGGGUAACACUAAGUCACGGAUAUUUGAUGCUGUUAGGGCAGCCGAUCUACGGUUUCCAUCAAAUCCUUGGGAUAACAUAUCUGAAUCUGCGAAGAGACUAGUCAGGGGAAUGCUUUCUCUGAAUCCUUCUCAGAGGCUCACUGCUCAACAGGUUUUAGAUCAUUCAUGGAUGAAGGAUGACAUACUGGAUCUUGAAGUAUCAGAUGGGAACAACUUUGAAGGUUUUCAGGAAUGGGAUUUAGGAAGUGGCUCAUUCUCUACCCCAUUUAUUAUCAGGAAUCAGGACAUCAGCUUUGGUAGUGGAACUCAAUCACCUAUUGUUUCCAAUGCUGGAUCACCUGCGUUCACAUGCAGAACAUCAUUUUCUUCUUUCUUAGCAGAGCCGUCAACACCUUGUUCUGCUUCUGCUAGGUUUUCUUUCUGUAGUCCCAGCGAUUCUAAUACCUUGGAAUUCACUUCUCCUGUGGCUGUACCCUCAAUGCCAAGUUUUGCAUUUUUUGGCACUGCUUCUAUUGAGCAAGGUAUUUCAGCAGAUCGUUCAACCAAUAUAACCAGACUAGAUGCAACUAAUGGAGAGGCUAGCUUGGAGGAGCUUCUUACAGUGCCUGAUUCUUCUCCUUGCUUUGGGCAUCAGUUGAGAGAAACAGAACAUAAGACAGCUGAAGUUAAAAGAGCAGGAGGGACCAUUGGAUCCAAGAUGUUGGGCAUCCACAGUAAGAGGAACCGAACAAUUGGUCUUGGUGAGAGGGAGCAACUUGAUUUCGUGGUGUCUGAGUCAGUGAUCCGUUGGGCGUCAUGUACAGAUAUUUCAAUUGCCCCAUCGUUGAAAUCCUCACUCGUGUGUUGAAAGUUCGAACCAGACAACAUCAUAAGUUGAAUUGGAGGGUUCGGACAGAGAGACCCAUGAAAAUAUUUUACAGCUAAUCUGUAGUAUUAUGUUUGUGUUGUAAACAUGGCGGUGAAUAGCACACAGUUUCAUGUUAGCUUCAAAUGGGUUGUCUUGUAAUAUAUAUAUAUGAUGCCUGAGAGUGAUGUGAUGUUUGGGUUGGUGAUAAGUAACAGUGUUUAACUAGUUGUGUCUGAUAGGCUUAUGCCACGUGUAUAAAACUGGAUUUUGAU